GGGAUGGUUGUUGGAUUAAGCAGGUUAGAAGCAGGAAAACAAAGGAACUUGACUAAAAUUCAGUAUGUCAGCUCUGGCUGUUUUAGUGGUGUAGCAACUCGUUUAGUAAUUCAGCCUCUAGAUGUUGUUAAAAUUAGAUUUCAGUUACAAGAGGAGCCAUUAUAUGGUGAUAAUAGAGGGAAGUAUAGUGGAAGGAUGUUAAAAACAAUGAGAAUGAUUUGGAAGGAGGAAGGCUUUAAAGCAUUAUGGAGAGGUCAUAUUCCUGGACAGGCUCUUUCCGUUACCUAUGGUGUUAUUCAAUAUUCUACUUUUGAGGCAUUAAGCAGUGAAAUUGUUAAACUUGGACUUGGAAAAUAUAAAAUGACUGCAGAUUUUCUUUGUGGAUCAAUUGCUGGAUCUUUGGCAACAGCUUGUUCCAUGCCUUUUGAUGUUAUUCGUACUCGAAUGGUGGUUUCGCAAGGUUAUCGAAAUUUAUUACACCCAAUUAAUAAAACUUGGACAAAGGAAGGAAUUGGUGGAUUCUUUCAUGGGAACAUUAACAACAAACUUGAGAAGGAAUCUCAUUCAAAUGUUACCAAACAAUUAAAUAGGCUAGCCUCAGGUGCUUUAGCUGGCAUUGUAGCCAAAACAAUAACGUAUCCAUUAGACUUGGUCAGACAUAGGCUACAGAUAAAUGAACGUAUUAGGCCUGGAGCCUUCGGUCAGACGACUGCUUACGGCGGAAUGACAGCCACCAUUCGCGGAAUUGUUAAACAUGAAGGUUUUACAAGUUUAUAUAAAGGUAUUUGGCCUGCUUUGCUCAAAGAAUCAACACAGACGGCGCUCUCAUUCUUUUUCUAUGAACUUGCUUGUGACAUUCUCUCAGGGGCAUUAUUUAAUUCAAAAUAG